AUGUCACAAAUUCCACCUGUUAUUUCUUUAGAUGGAACAAAUUUAAGUUAUUCAUCAGAAUGUUCACCAAAAGAAGAAUCUAGUCAAGUAACAUCCAUAUCUUCAUUAAUAACAUUGCCGGCAAGUCCAAGACAACAACUAAAUAAUAUAUCAUCACAAACUUCUAAUACUUCAUCGAAUCUCUCAGGAACUAUUUAUGAUGUUAAUGAAGCAAAUUCUGACAAACAAACAGGUUAUGUUUUAAGUCUUCCAAAUAAUGAAUCAUCAAAUGUAAAAAUGUUUGUGAUAUCAUCUCCAUCAAAUAGUGAUGAUGUAUCAUUUGAAGAAAAUAAAUCAAUAAUAAAUGAAUCAACAGAUAAAGUUAAUAUAUCAUCAUUAUCAUAUCUUAAAACAAAACAACGGAAAAUUGAUCAUAGAAGAAAUAAAAGUGAACCAGUUAUAAAUGCAAAUUUAGAAGAUCUAUCAUCAAUAAAUUCAUAUCCAAGGACAACCAUACUUGAAUCAUCAUCAACAAGUACAACAAGUAAUGAAUCAGCAAUGAGUAAUAAUGGAUCUUUUGAAAAAAAACGAAAAUCUUCAAAAAAACAAAGUUCACCAUCAAUAAAUACAAAUAAAAUUAAUGAAAAUAAUAAUAUAUCAUCUCAAACACAAGAUAAAUCUUCAUCAUCAUCAACAACAAAAAAAAAGAAACCAUGAAUUCGAUUAUUUCUUCGUUCAAAUAGUUUUCGAAAUUCUCGAAUAAAAACUGAUUUCAAUAAUGAAAUAUUACCAAUGCAAUCGAAUCUAAUGAGUAUAGAAAAAGAAAAUUUCUUAAUUGAAAAUGAUAAAAAUGAAAUAUUAACACAACAAAGUUCAUCACGUGAAAAAUUAUCUGGUGAUAAUCUUAAAUCAUACUUAUCAAAAGAUCCAUCAUCAAGUUCAUUAUCUUCAAAUUUUGAAAUAGUUUCACCAACUAUUGAAAUAUGUUCGGAUUUAUCAAUUCCAUUAUCGAAUAAUACAAUACAUAAGAAUAUUGUUGCAAAUGCAUCAGCAUCAAUAUUAAAUGCGCAUACAUUUACAUAUGAAAAUUUUUCGAAAGAACAUCAUCAUAAAAAUCAACAAAGGUAUUCAACGAUUCUACAAGAAAAUCUUAAUCAUUUAUCAUCAUUAUCAUUUACAAUGAGACGAACAAAAUCAUAUCGUUAUUCAGAUCGAAUAAGAAAAUCUUCAAUUAUUUAUAAAUAUUCAAGUGAAAAAAUGAAACGUCGAAUUAUUCAAGUAAAUCGUUCAACAAAAUCUAUCAGCUUUCCACUGUCAACUAACAUAAACAAUCAAUUCUAUCCUAUUGCUUCACAACAAAUAUGUUCAGUAAAACCAACAGCUACAAAUGCUUUUCUAACAGCAGCUUCAAUACUGAAAUAUUGGCCUUUUCAAUCAACUUAUCGUCAAAGAAAUGAAGAAUUUAGAAAAGUUUUUAAAGAUUUAUCAAAUGAUGAACGAUUAAUUGUUGAUUAUUCAUGUGCAUGGCAAAAAGAAAUCUUAAUACAAGGUCGAAUGUAUAUAUCACAAAAUUAUUUAUGUUUUUAUGCUAAUUUUCUUAAAUGGGAAACAAGUUUAUGUUUAAAAUUUAAAGAUAUUGUUGCAAUAACACGAGAAAAAACAGCUAAAGUUAUUCCAAAUGCAAUUGAAAUUCGAUCAAAUAAAAAUGAAAAAUAUUUUUUUGCAAGUUUUGCAACACGUGAUAAAACUUAUGCUAUGAUAUAUCGAAUAUGGCAAAGUAUUUUAAUUGAUCAACCAAUAUCUUCUCAACAAUUAUGGAAUUUGAUUCAUCAAUGUUACGGAAAUGAUUUAGAUAUGACAACUGAUGAAGAAGAUACUUAUAAUAAACAAUCAAAAACUUCUACACCUGAAAAAAAUUCUCCAAAACAACAAACGAAAAACGAAACAAAUGAUAAAUAUUGUAGUGUAACACCAAAUUCACUUUGUUCAAAAUCUAGUGAAAAAGAAGAAAUUGACGAUCAUUCAAGUAUAUCAUCUUAUAGUGGACGUCAAAUAGAUGAUGAUAAUUAUAAUGAUGAUGAUAAUCAAGGUAUAAUACCUAUUGGAGAAGAAGCAAAUACAAAUACACUAAUACGUCAAUCAAAUUCAAAUAUAAAUAAACAAGAUAAUUCUUUUAUAACAAUGUCAAUUAUUCCAGAAACAAAUUAUCUUUCAAAAUGUCCAUGUGAAUCGCAUUUAGCUACUCAAUUAAUUGAUCGAACAUAUUCAUUGUCGGUUGAACGUCUUUUUGAUUAUUUAUUUGGUGAUAAUGAUUUUGUUGUUGCUUAUCAUGCAUCACGUCGUAUUAAAGAUUAUCAUGCUGAUGAAUGGAAUCAUAAUGAAAAAACAGGAAAACGAGAACGUUUAUGCACUUAUAAAGUUGGUGUUGCUGCAGUUUUUGGUGCAACAACCAUUUGUUCGAAUGAAAAACAAGUUAUUCAAUGUGAACUAUCAAAAUCUCAUUAUAUAGUAGAUACAGAAGUUCGAAAUGAAGGAAUUAAAUAUGCUGAUGCUUUUUUUGUUGCAUCUCGUUAUUGUCUUGUACAAACUGGACCUAAUAAAUCACAUUUAAAAGUUACUUGUGAAGUUAGAUAUCUUAAAAGUUUAAUGAUUAUUAUUAAAUCAUUCAUCGAAAAAAAUGCAAUGGCUGCUCUUCAAGAUUCAUAUACAGAUUUGAUAAAACGUAUUGAUAUUAAUUGUUCAAAACGUCCACGAUCUUCGAGUACAACAAGGAAUACUGAACAAGAUAAAGAAAAUCAACCAAAAAGGAAGCAUUCACAAAAACAACAAUUAACUAAAUUAAAUUCUACAACCAAUGAUUCUUCAAUAGAUCAACAACGAAAACAAACAACUCACAAAGAACCUAUCCAUCACACUCAAAGUGGAAAGUUAGUUUUAUCUUCGUCAUCAGAUACGUCAUCUUCUUGGGUAUGGUCAAAAAACCAUUUGUUAGUUCCAUUUUGUUUAAUAAUAAUAUUAAUCCUUGUUAGUGUGAAUAUAUUUUUAUGCAUUAAAUUAAAUGAAAUCGAUCAAAUGACUGAUCGUCUUUCAAAAAAUUCUCCAUUAUGGUCACAAGGAUAUUCGUAUCCAAAAGAAGAAUAUCAAUGGUCUUUAUUAUUAAAAAGACAAGAAGAAUAUUAUCAAGCGAAAUUAACUGGUCUUCGUUCUGUUUUAAUAUCAACUCAUAAUGCAUUAAAAAAUGUAACAGAUGCUCUAAAUGAAUUAACCAAAGUAAGCAGUGGAACAAGUUCAAAUGCACCUAUGGAUCAUCUUCAUUCACUGUAG